AACUUCAAUCGUGGGAGUGUAUAAUUGCCGUGAUCGAGUUCUUCUUAUUUCCAGAAAUGAUUCUUCUUCGAUUGAAGACAUGGAGAUGAAUUGUCCCUGAACUUGUGAAAUUUCUUUUACCAUCAUGAGUAUUGCUGACUACACUCAAACCCCUGAGGACCAUCAGGCUUUUCUUGUGACAGUGAAACCAGUGGGAGCAGUCAAAGUCCAGGCAUUUUCCAGGAUCAUCAACCGCAUCACCAGUGUUUCGUAUGUGCGGGUGCCCGACAACAAACGUGGCAUCUGGCUCAGAUACAAGCGUCUUGUCCACUUAGAAAACAAUGAGUGGGGCGACUUCCAGGUCCAUCGACGUGUCGCCGGCCUCAUCUGCUUGGGAAAGGCAUCGUCGGAGAUUGAACUCGCCACCGUGUAUGCAAACUUUGACACAAUGAAGGAAACUUUUCGGAGCACGCUAUUUGACUCUAGGUGUUUUGUUUUUGGGAUGUCAGAGGAGACGGUGCAGGAGAGUGCGUCUGGAGUCAGACCUGAUGCUGUGUAUUACAAGAGUAUGGAAGACUGUGAUCAAUUGGAGGAUGAUGUCAAAGAAUUUGCUUCAGCGCUGUUCUGGGUGUUGGAAUCCAAGCGUCUUGAUAAAACAAAUACCAGCAGAAAUGACAAGCUCCCUCUCUUAAUGGCACCAUUCGAGCGGAAGGAUAUUGUUGGCAUUGAUACGGAGACAAGGACCUUUCGGCGGCGUGUGCAGGGUAGAAUGCGUAAGCAUAUUGGUGAUCUUAGCCUGAUGGCUGGUAUGACUCAAGAUGCAUUUGUUCAUUAUCAGACGGCCUAUGAGAUCUUAAAAGGAGCCAAUGAUUGGCUGUGGAUGGCAGCUUGCCUUGAAGGCAUGUGUGCAGCUUCUGUAAUCCAGCUAUAUCCUACAGAACCCCCAAACAAAGGGAUUCCUAGAAAUGCUUCCUUCAGUGGGGAAUCUUUAUUAAAGCCUCCGGAAGAGAAACUUCAUCGUACAGGGAGCUAUGAGACCAUGAAUGGAGUAGAUGAAAAGUACGAAGAUGAAGACCUACCAAAGAACUGCCUUCCUCCUGAUGAUAUCAUUGAGAAAUACAGGGAUGCUAUUGUGCAUUACGCAAAGUAUACGAAUGCUGCAAUCAUAGAGAUGGAGGCAUGCAUUAAAGCUACAGAAGUCCUCAUCAAGCAAAGGAAAACAAUGGAUGCUGCAGACUUUCUUCAGAAUGUAAUCUACAUCAACCUCAAUCUCCCGGAGCACGAGAAGGUUCAGCGUUACAGUGCCCUCUCCAGGUUGUUCUCAAAGAUUGGCUUUCAUCGGAAGGCUGCGUUCUUCAAGCGGGUAGCUGCAAUGCAAUGUGUUAGUCCCACCAAUCCAAAUUCCAGCUGGGCUAUGUGUCACAGUUUACUCUUGGAAGCCAUGGAUGGGUACAAGCUGUCUCUAAAUGCCAAGGAUUAUAGACGAGAUGUCCCUCAUGGAUGGCUGAUGUUGCAGAUCAAGCUUCUUAAUGAGAUGAUAUUAACAGCAAGACGGAUGGGUGACCAUAGAUUAGCUGUGAGGUAUCUUUCAUUCUUGCUCCAUGCAUUCCAUCCUAAGAUGUCUGUCAAUGAAAAGAGGGAGGUGGCAGCUCAACUUGAGACCUUAACCAGUAAGACUCCAGGAGUACCCCUUCCUCUCUCAGUUGAUAAUGGCUUGAUUGUACCAGCGGUUCCCUUCACUUCGUUCCCUGUAGUCAAAUCUUUUCAGCUUAUCCGUCUAUCUAACCAGUUACUUCCCCAUAGAACAGCUCCUAGUAUCACCCUCAAAGAUGGGCUCAACUCUGUCAAUUCCAGUCCUUUCAUCUACACUCCACUUAGCUCAAGAAAUAAUACAAUACAAAGAGAUAGAUCCAAAGUUGAUUUCAAGUGGGUAUCAAAUGAGGCUUGUGAGGUCUGUCUACAAGUCUACAAUCCUUUACCCUUUGAGCUUAGAGUUAGCAAUCUAGGUUUCCUGGUGGAAGGCUUGAAGUUUGAUCCAAUCCCUGCCACCAUCACCCUCCCUCCCCAGUCGGGUCCCCACGUGGUUUCCCUGAUGGGCAAACCCAAGGGCUCCGGCCUCCUCACCAUCACGGGCUACACCACCAUCGUCCUGGGUGUAGAGAGUCACUGCCGUCUGGCUCACGUCCCUGACGUAACCGAGCCCUUCUACCAAGUCAAGGUGGCGCCGGCGCUGCCCCUCCUUAAGAUUUCGACCUCCUUGCCCAAGGCGGCCAGUAGAUUGAGCUUAGAUCCCUCUGAGAAGCAGGCAAGCACGAGUGCGGCGGUUAGUCUCCUGACGGGAGAAAGCUGUGAAUGUGAAGUUAGGAUAACUAAUUGCAGUAAAGAUGUAGCUGUAGAUACACUGGAUAUAGUAUUAGAUUGUGAUCUUGAUGAUGUAUUUACAUGGAGUGAAGAGAAUGUUCAAACGCAGCUUCCAUUACAGCCAACCUGUCAACUCACCCUAACUCUGUAUAUCAAAGCAAAGGGCCCUUUCUGUGUGCAGUCGGGUAAUACAAAACCAAUGAAUGUUCCUCCAACUCCUACAGUGAACAGAACAGAUAGGAUACCUGGUCUAUCCUCCCACCCAUCAAGAUCACCUUCAACAUCAAUGAUAGAACAGCAAGCAUUGGCACCACAUGAAAUAGAUCUUACCAGAUUACAACAGAUAAUUGAAGGUACUCUGAACAUGCAGUACUCUGGUGGAGAAGGAGUAGAUGAGUACUUUAGGCAGACUUCUUUAGUUCUUAACGUAGAGGUCCAACCAUCUAUAGUCUUUACAAAGUGGACCACCAUACCAGCCACUGAUCCGAGACAUUUCCAUUUGGUGCUUGAUGCCAUGAAUGCUACUCUUCAAGAUUUAAAAGUGCAAUAUGGAGAGGAGAACUGUGAGGUAGCAUUAGAGAGCCAGAAGACAAAGAGGAUGGCAGUACGAGUGGAUCGGUUUGAGCUGGAUACUCAAGCCGUGAACGAGAGUUCUGAGUUCUCCUACGUGAUGGAGGAUCCACAGCUUCAUAUGUUUUCAGUACAGCUAGCAACCAUGGUGGACAUCAGGUGGCAAUGUCCCAUCAAUGGCAAACAUGGGGACGCAUCUGUGGAGGGUCUGAGGUUAUCUCAAGAGGAAUUAGACAACAUUGUUCCGUUCCCUGUUUGGUGGGAUGUUCAGAUCAACGGCGAGGCUCACAUGGUAGGAGAACCGGUCACUGCCAACCAGGGGGAACCUCUAAACAUAGCUGUCUCGGUCACAAGUAAAACAGAUGUAUGUGUUGGCCCAGUUGAGCUGAGUACAUUUGUCUACUUGGAUCAUGAGAAUGAAAAGAAGGAGAUAAAUCCAGCUGAUAAAGUAACUUGUUUAGGAACUACCUCAAGAGUCAUUAAACAGUUUGACAGCAACCAGUCUGCAAGUCACGAAUGUACCUUCAUAUUCCUCUAUCACGGCAUCUACAAGGUAGGAAUCACAUUCAAAGAGUUAAAUCACCAGUCUGAACCUAUCUCAUCUAACACACAGCACAGCAUAGUAUUAGAGAGGGAGGAGAGAGUGUGGAAGUACAGGCCACCGGUCGAGGUGCAGGUACAGUGAAGGUGCAUUCACAUGUGGAGAAAUAUUGCACAGUUACAUUUUUUUUACAUGGUGUAAAUGACUGAAAUUAUGUGCUCUAUGUUAUGAUAUUAAUUAAUAAAAAUUGCUGCACUAUGUCAUUCCCCCCCCC